GAGAGAGAGAAAGAGAGAGAGAGAAAGAGAGAGAGAGAAAGAGAGAGAGAGGUUUCACCCCGUUGUGCACGCGCGCGUGCGUGGUAGGGCCGAGACUAUGGAGAGUCAGCUGGUCGAAGAACGGGAGGGAGCGUGGAGUGGGCCGGACGUGUGCAUGUUGACGUGCGCGUGUGUGAGCAAGAAAAAGCGUGAGCGUGUGUGUAUGUGUGUGUGUGCGGUUUGUACGUGCGCAAGGACAGCGCCUCGGGGGACAAGGUGAACACGGCAGCGGACAGAGGUUUUUACUUUGGGGGUGGGGGGGAAGCAGUUUGUGCCGAGAUUCAGACGAGGAAAGUUGGAGCGUUUCAACCGGUCGCUGAUACGUCGUGCGUCCUGGACACGAGCUUGUCCUGCGUGCUGUCCUUUCAUAACCGUAAGCACUUUGCGUAUUUGUUUAGGAACUGAUUUCGGAGCGCAUUUGCUUCAAGUCGGACGCGGCGGUUCCUCUCGGUCGUGUGGGAACGUGCGGCGGAGCGACAGACGAGCUUCUCGCGUCAGAAAUGACUUUACAAGACAGUUUUUGUCACGCUAAAAACACACUCUUCUGGGGCGUCUUUCAAGUCUGACGUUAGUUUUGUUCAUGUCGCCUUUUUGAUUGAAAAAGAGCGUCAGGCGUCCUACAGGUUAACCCUGCGUAAGCACACAAACUUUUGGUUUUGUUGGAAGCAGUUUGCUCUCUUUAAAUCUCUCUCAGUGUCAGUGAGUGGUGCAAUGAUUAUUUCGUUCACAGUGGUGCUUCCUGAACUAAUGCCAGGCAUUUCCCUCAAGCAGCAGCUGCAGCAUGUUUAGAAGCUGCUCCCAUGCAGGACUAGCUAACUGUGUGUCAUUUCUCUCAGCUCCGAGUUCACCUAGGACAAUAUUUUUUUUUUGCAUGCUGCUGGUGCAUAAAGAGGACCACAUGCAGGACCAUCACUCUUGGUGUGAUUUUUUUUUUAUUUGGCAGAGAUGCACCCCAGUCUGGAGUGUGGAGAAACACUCCAGCAAGUGUGGCAUUAUUAAGUUGCUUCAUAGUCCAUGAAAUCUCUCUGUGUUCCUGUAUUGGUAGUAAAGCUGAAUUAUUCCCUUUCUCUGCAGGAGGAGACACAAAUGUCACUAAAUGUCAAGCGCUCGCUGCUUUGGCUCAGCUUUCAGGCUUAUUAGGCUUGCACAUACAAUCAGCAGGGCUUGCCCUUUCCGCCGGCAGUUUGGUUGGUGUGAGCAGCCCGAUCCUGUAGAGGAAGAACCCACGGGACUCAAAACUGGACAUAAGUUGAAAAAAAAAAAUUAAAUAAAAAGGAAGGGUGGCGUGGAGGGGGUGCGUGCAAUUAUCAGGAGUGGAGAGAGUGUCUUUUUCAAUGUGUGUCCAACUGUGCACACACAUUUGGACACGCAUUCUCAGUCAGCGAGAGCGACCUAAAGAUAGCCGAGCCCCUGUGGAAACAGUAAUUAGUGGGGUGAAAGGAGAAGGCGGAGGCGGAGCUGCUGGUGGAAGACUUAUUAUUUGAAUCAUCUGAUAUGUGUUGUAUAAUGUUCUGCACAGAGAGGGGAAGCAUAGGGACAUUAGAUGGAGAGAUGGCUGGACUUUGUAGAUUGCUGAACUUUGUUGAAGUAUACAUGUGGUUCUGGUUUCAGUAACAACAAGAGCUCCGACAUGUGAGCUCAGCUUCUUGCGAACCAGGCGGAUUGUGAGGUUCUGCAGGUAGUUGAGUGGAUUUUCAUGGUGAUUAGGGCUUUCUAGCCGGGAUUCUGAAACUAAUAAGUGGGCAUUAGGCCGGCAUGAGGUUCCCAGGUUGUGAUAAUCCUGAUUGUUAUAUUUAAUCAAAAAUGUAUGCCGUAAUUAGAUUACUUUUGCUUAAAAGAGAAGCGCGAAAAAUACUCGCAGACGUACGCAAAACCACAAAAUGUACACCAGCUAAAUUUAGAAACGCUUUUCACAGUAAGCUGGAUAAGUUGCUAAUGUUUGGCUUUUGCAGGUUGGCAUGGGCAAAACAACCAUAUUAUGGGCUCAACGCGUUUUUUCGCCACUUGGGACGAACCCAACUGACAGGUUGUGUUGGCAACGGUGACAAAAGUUGAACGCAUUUCAGCUUUCUGGUGUCACAUUUACAUAUACAAGCUGCGAAUUUCACGUGCACAAAUUUCGCCUGUCUCCUCAUCACGCAGGUUUCGUAGGAAACGAGGGACGGCACUUCCUGUGCUCCAAGCCCACUGGCCGGUGAGGCUGGCCUUCAGUCGGUAGCCGCAGCUUUAAAAUGCCAGGGAUGCAUUAGUUUCCAGACCACGUCUUCGUAAGCAGUUUGCACUUAUAAGCGCAGAAAAAGUGAAGAAGUCUCCUUUCAGCUAGCUGACCUGCAGUCCACUAAUGACGCUCUGGGAAGAGCAUCUCUGUGGUACUUGGAGCCAUAAAUCCUUCAAAAAAAAAAAAAAACUCCAGGCCCAUUCCAGGACUUUCUCUUGACUCUCAUUAUCAACUUUAAAACGACAAGAUGGAAAAUGUCUGUGGCUUUGAAAAUGAAACAUUUUAAGCUGUGACAGCGGUUAAACAAACAUUUAAUGCUGACAAUGCGAGAGUUCACUCAAAACGCACAUCAGGUCACGUCUUGUCGUGGCUAGCCCCCUCCCCAGAAUAUAAGAAACUGGCUCAUUGCUUUUCCUUAAAAACUCCCCCUCCGCUUCCUCUACAGGCUGCAGGUGGUGAGUUAGUCAUGUGUUGCUAGCUUGGAGAAGGUUUCUUCUUUAGUCAUAAGCCCCUGGGCUUUGUUUGAGGACUGACUGGUGUGUGUGUGUGUGUGUGCGCGAGCGUGUGUGUGUUGAACAGAAUGGCUGUGUUUACACAGGAAUCACUGUGCACAUGCACGUCGACACAUUCACAAGCCGUGCGCGCAUGCAGGCUUUUCUUCUUUUUCCUUUAGGUUAAAGAUGAGUGUUGGGUUUUAGAAACUGGACACCAGUUUUACAAAGUUAUCACAACACCCGCAUGGGCGGCAGUUUCAGAAAGGCCUUUGACAUCUGUCUUUCUGGAGUUUAAACAUUUUUUUCCCCUUUUCCCUCUAAUCAUUAUCCUGUCAGUUCAGGCUCGGUUCGUCUCAUUUAUUCACUGUGCUCCUCCUUGUGCAGGGCGCUUGCUGAGACCAGAGGGUUCCCUGCGAGAGGGAGCACAAGGCAAACAUCAUGGCUUUAGCAGGAUGCCCUGACUACUUUUUACGUCACUCAAACUACCAGGAAAGGAUGGAGCGCACUUCCUCCCGCCGGCCUGAGGAGCUGAUCGUUUCUGGCUUUCAGCGCGCAGCCAGUCAAGCUUCGCCACAUCACCAUGCUGCCUCCACAGAUGACGACGUGGACCUGGAGCAGCUGGUGAAUGACAUGAACUCCUCUGUGGAGAGCGUGCAGUCCACGCAGGCAGAGACGGCGCUCCUCCUAAACAACGGUCACAUGCACACGUCUCACCACCAGCAGGCUGCCCUUCUGGGACACGGCCAGGUCCACCGUCGCCACACCCCGCCCCUGCGGCCCUCGCUUCCCUCCAGGGAAGGACUGAAGCACUCUCAGCCCAUGCACAUCCAGGCUGUCAGGUACCUAAAGGAAGAGCAGAACUUGCGUCCCGCCUCCCUGCCCGCCAUCCCCAACCCUUUCCCAGAGCUGUGCAGCCCAGCAGGAUCCCCCAUUCUCAGCCCGAUUCAAACCUCCGACAGCCAUAUCGUGAAGAUUUGGAGUGAGGAUGGCGCCGGCAAAGUGGUGGAGAUUCCAGCCGACAUGACGGCGAGAGACGUGUGUCAGCUGCUGGUCUACAAGAGCCACUGCGUGGACGACAACGCCUGGACGCUGGUGGAGCACCACCCCGUCCUCGGCCUCGAAAGGUGUGUGGAGGACCACGAACUGGUGGUUCAGGUGCAGGCCUCCAUGAGCAGCGACAGUAAAUUCCUCUUCAGGAAGAACUAUGCCAAAUAUGAAUUCUUCAGGAACCCCCUCAACUUUUUUCCAGAGCACAUGGUGGCUUUGUGUCAUGAGUCUGACGGCUCGAUCCCUCAGUCACAGCUCUUACAGAAUUUUCUGAACUCCAGCAGCUGUCCUGAGAUCCAGGGCUUCCUGUACGUAAAGGAGCCGGGAAGAAAGUCCUGGAAGAAGCUCUACAUGUUCCUGCGACGCUCAGGCCUUUAUUACUCAACUAAAGGAACAUCCAAGGAACCCAGACAUCUGCAGCUGCUCUCAGAUCUGGAGGACAGUAACAUUUACACCAUCAUCACUGGGAGGAAGCUUCACAACGCCCCUGCAGAUUUCCAGUUCUGCAUUAAGCCCAAUAAAGCCAGGAGUGACUGUAAGGAGCUCAAGAUGUUGUGCGCCGAGGACGAACAGAGCAGGACGUGCUGGAUGACUGCCUUCCGACUGCUCAAAUACGGGAUUGUCCUGUACCAGAACUACAAUGUGCCCCUGCAGAGGAAGGCUAACAACUCGUCUUUCUCUGGGCCCGUGCGGAGCGUAUCCGAGAACUCGCUGGUUGCCAUGGACUUCUCGGGAAGAACCGGCCGCGUCAUCGACAAUCCCGUGGAGGCCCAGAGCGCCGCCCUGGAGGAGGGACAAACUUGGAGGAAAAGAACCCACCGUAUGAAUGUCCUGGGCAGCCCCAGCCCCCUGCACCCGUCCUCUAUGAACACAGUCAUCCACAGGACACAGGUGUGGUUCCACGGUCGCAUCAUGAGAGAGGAAGCCCACAAAAUGAUUAUACAACAAGGCCAAGUAGAUGGGUUGUUCCUGUUGCGGGACAGUCAGAGUAAUCCCAAGGCUUUCGUGCUCACCUUGUGCCACCACCAGAAGAUCAAGCACUUCCAGAUCCUACCGGUCGAGGAGGACGGCCAAGUCUUCUUCAGCCUCGACGACGGCGCCACCAAGUUCACAGACCUGAUCCACCUGGUGGAGUUCUACCAGCUCAACAGAGGAGUGCUGCCCUGCAAGCUCAAACACCCCUGCACCGCUGUGGCCUUGUGACACUUCACCCACCCGACACAGCUCUCCCCCCACUUUUUUUGCACAUCAGAAGAUUUCCCCCUAUUGCCUGCUCCCUCACCGACUAGGCAGGGUUGAGGAGAAAGAGAGGAAGAAGAAGCAGAAGGCUGUGGGGCUUUUGGGAGCGGACUCGGCUCCGGCACCUGGUUUGUGGGGUUUUUCUCCGCCUUACCGCCAUUUGGAUUGCGGCGAUAGCUUUGUCCGGCUCCAGCGACGUCCCUUUGUUGUUGUUCUUUUUUGUGUUUCCCCCGGAGGGUCCGGUAGGUUCGUCAAACGCCAAAAAAAGUUGUGAAAACGCAAGACCACUAAAGCGACACGUUUUACAGCAGGAGUGUUUGAGGGUCUUUCGAAAUGAUCUCCCAAACCCCCCCUCCCCCCCUCCAGGCCGGAUAAGCUGUGGCGCCCGCAGGGAGCGCCACCCUCUGACUUCCUCACUGAUUAUCAGGGAUGGACGGGAACCUCGCUGGCUCUGACUGAAAACCGGAUCCAGGAGUUUCUCAACCUGUGCAGUCCAGUCUGGAUAAGCUGACACCCCCGUCCCUCUCUCCUCAUCACGUUAGCGGGUUGGAUGUGAUGUGUCCACAACCCCCUUCUAACUCCACACACUUUGGUGCAACCGCCAAUCCGGUCGCCUCCACGGAAGCUCAAACGGUUGGGACAGACUGAUGGACAGACGGACGGUCGGACAGAGGGAGGGAAGAAGCGGCCAAAGGCGAGACGAGCUGAGCAGCGGCGAUGGCGAGGGUUCGCUUAAAAGAAAAAGAAAAAAAAAAAGGACAGAGGAAUGUUUAAUCAGGAAGGCCGUAACAAGCCUCUCUUGUAGAGUUAAUUACUUGAUGUCAUUUAAUGCUGUUUUUUAUUCAUGUCAAUUCAAUGCAGAACUAGUUUUGCACUCCUGGGCGGACAGGCAGCAGCUCUCUGGCUAAAGCGAAGCCGCCUCCUUUUUCUCCUCCGCUCUGUUUCUGCAAAAGGCGCGCGCAUGCGACUCCGCCUGCUCCGAUUGGACGGCGGCGGCGUGUGAGGCGGAGAACCAGCCCAUAAUGCAGGUCCCAUCAGAGGUUUAGGAGCGUCUUAAAACCUCUGGUGUGGCUCGCGUCGUCAACAUCAACACCACCGCGAUUUAAUGAAUGUGCUCCUGAAACAGCUGCAGCUCCUCGAGACUCUGAGGAAGAAGAGGAGGAGGAAGAAUACUAAUUUUAUAGACUCCUGAAAAGUGUCCAGCCCCCCAAACUUCUACCGUUUCUUUGUUGUUUUUCUUUUCUUUUAAUCAAAAGGGUUAUGUUUGUCGGUGAACCUGUUUCUGAAUGUUUUCCUGAGUCUAAUCCGAGUUCAGUGCUUGCACGUUUGAAUCAUUCUGAUUGUGGUUGGAGCUUUUCCCGCUCGGAUCCUGACCACUGUUCCCUCCUACAAAGCAACAAAAGCACUCUCGUAACUUUUUUUUUUUUGGUUUCGUUUUGUUUUGAACUUUAAAUAUGGAAUUUGAACAAAUGACUUGAAAUGUGAACCUGGUCGUCCCGUCGACUGAGCUUCACUUGCCUUAAGUGAAAACGAUGAGCCAUGCGUAUGAAAUUGAAGAAGCGAUCUUAAAAUGCACAUACAGUGAGACGUUUGUGAUUUGAAGGCGGUGGAAGCGACUAUGUGAACCAGUAUGUCGAGGGAUAGCGCUAGAUUUUGGGAAAUUAUCUUUGUUGCUUUUUUUUUUUUUGCCACUUUUAGCUAAAUAUGGUUUUUUUUUUUUUUGCGUUUGUAAAUUUAUUAAAAAUAAUUUGAGAUUUUAGUUGAACAAAAGCUUGAAUUUUACUCUGAGAUUAUAAACUGAUAUUUAAGUUACACAUUAAUGAAAAAGCAUUCACGUUUUUGUUUUGUUUUUUAAAAAUAUAAAUUAGGAGUUGUUUUUUUGUUUUUUUUCCCCCAGAGCUAAGUUUCUGGGUGCUUGUGCUAUCUUGAUUGUCAAAAUUAUUUUGUCCUGAAUUUUUACCCACAUCCCUCAUGUUUGUUUGUUUUUUUUAUUGACAAAAGAUCACAGCUUCAUAUUUACCGUACAAGCAAUCAUCUUGUCUACAGUCUUGAAGUUUAGGCCACAAAUUUAUAGGGUUGUAGAUUUUAAAAUAAGUUAGGUCAAACUAACAGGACCCACAUGACAAUGGGUUUGUUUACAUGCACUGCAAUAUUUCUAUUAACCCAGAUUAGAUGGUUUCCUGAUGGAAGGCUGACAUGUUGGGUAUUGAUUUCCAAAAUUGCCAAAAAUGUCGUAAAUAAAUAAAUAAUUCGAUAAGUUAUUAUUCCUUCAACCAAAAAAAAACUGUUUCCCAUAGCAUUCAAAUUGUUUUUAAAUACAUAAGGUAUUUAUGUAAAAUUAGUUGAAAUCUGUUUAAAAAUAGUUAUUUAAGUAUUUAUUAAGUUUUCUCAUGGUUUAUUUGUUGCGGGACAAAAAAAACCUUUAAAAUUUUCUGGCUCUUGUCACAUACUGUGUGAUUGGUUUAUUUGCACAAACUUCAAACCAAUCGUCUUCUUGAGAGCAAUGUUGGCCCCACCCACUUAUUUUGAUGGUAAGGCUCCCAUUGAAAACAACUUAGAAAGAGCUGCUGUCCUUUAAAUGAACUGGUGAUAAAAAAAAAAACGUAUUCAAAUUGUAAACAUUAGAGUUCGGUUUGUUAAAUUAUAGAUUUUAUAAAUUAUUUUUUGUGUUUUUCAUGUAUUUGUUAAAGAUGGUAACAUAUUUAAGGAACCAUUUAGAUGAUUUAUUGUUUAUGAAAUUUGGGCACUUUUGGACUUCUUUAAUCACCAGCCUUUUUGCCUUCACUUUACGAGCGAGAAAACGGCUACAUUAAAACCACUUGCCUGGAUUUUUUAUAUAUAUAUAUCUAUGGUUAGAGUAACAAAAAGUUAAAAUUCUGACUGAAGUUAUGUUCUACCAUCUUUAACGUAAAAGUGAGGAGCACACAUGGUGAGCUCACUGAGCAAAAACUAAGUAGGAUCGGCAUGAAAAUGUGGAAUCAGUCUGCCUGCAGUUGGGUAAGAUGGAGGAUCUGUGAUGCUGUGGGCCUGCUCCUUUUCAUCCUGAUCACCUGGACCUUUUCGAUGAAAAAAUAAACCACAGAAAUGAUAGACCAGAAUAAAGAAGAAUAACGCUCUGUCCUGCAGUUAUCUUAUUCUCCAGACGACCUGUUGGAUGAGCUAAAGGAGGAUCUAGAGCAGAUGCAUGAGAAAAAUCCAUCUGUCUGUGAAAGGGCUUAAUAAAAUCUGAGUUAUUACGAUUAUUACUCAUGAACACUGGAAUUGUCCAUAUUAUGGAAGAUUGCUGUGCAUGUAAACUUUAACUAGACCUGUUUUAAAGCAAAAUACAACCCUUGUAAACCUUCCUGGUCUUAAUGCGUGCAGAAAAAAAAUGUCACAUUAUCCAGAUUUAGCAAAGAUCCUAAUAGGAUUUUUUUUUUCUUCAAAACAUUGUUUCAAGUUCCACAAAUUCAAAGACUAAAGCCUCUUUUUUUCUGAUAUUGUUCAUAUGUGUAUUUCUGCAAAAUCACUGUCAAAAACAGUUUAAUCUCCCCCUAUAAUUAUAUAGAAACGCAUGAAAAGUUUUGUUGUUGUUGUUGUUGGUUUAGCAGAAAAGCCAAAUGUGACGGUUUUCGUCAUGUAUUUAUGUGAGGGCAGUCUGGAUGAAGUUCCUGCCUGGUUCAGGUCUUUUUACAAAACAUUUUCUGAGCGAACCGUCCACAGGCUGAACGCAUCGGAGGAUCGCACAGCCACACGUCAGUCAAAACAAUAACACCAGAGGUCACUAGAAAAAACCCAACCCAAUCGAAAUAAAACCGGCAUGAAUUACUCCGAGAAAGACGAGACCAUCGUAAAAUGUAGCAAGCUUCUGUAGCUUCAUAGAAGUUCACUUUAAUUUUUUGUUUUGUUUUGCUUUGUAUUAUGGACACAAUUUAUGGAAGACACUGAAAAAGACACUAUGGGAAGUUGCUAAGAAAGGCGUGGCCAAGAGCAAAACGUGAAGUGAAUCGGUAAAAUCUGUGCUGUUGCUGUAAUUCAUCUCAGAUGUCAGAACAAACGUUUCUAUUGACGGAUUUUAUCUUCCAUAAUUGUGACUUUUUUUUAGGGGGGGGAUUUUGAGGAGAUAACACGUUCAUGCUCCGCCUCCUGAAAGAGAACUAUAGUUAGCGUGCACGAGUUUGUGUGUGUGUGUGUGUGUGUGUGUGUGUGUGUGUGUGUGUGUGUGUGUGUGUGUGUGUGUGAGAGAGAGAGAGAGAGAGAGAGGACACCUUGCCAAAAAUAAAUAGAUGCUGAGUUUUGUCACUGAUCCACAACUCACCAGUCGGCUGAACUCCGGUUGAGUAGCUCUGAGCUCCACUGGUCAGGCCUUCCCACAUCCUGCUCCACCCAUCUAUGUCCAGCCAGUAAGCUAUCAUUUCAUAAACGUGUAGAAAAAUGUUUCCGUUUGGCAUAUUUUAAUGCCAAAACUAUUUACUAUCCUCUUUUUAUAGACAAGUUAGAGGAGCACUGCUUGUCAGAUGGCUGAGAUCAAGAGAAGGUAAAGAUUCAGAGAAGUCGGGAGUUUGUAUGGAAGCACAGCCCUGGCAAAAGUAUUCACACUUUGAAACGUACCGUCACAAAUGUUAGAUUUUUUUUAUAGAUCUGAACUUUAAACUGGGACAUAGUAAAUUUUGUUUCCUGGGCCAAAAUUAUGAGCUCAAAAGUAACGGAGAGCCAAAAAAUACGUAAUUUACACCAAAAAUGUUUUUUUUUUUCAUCUUCUCAUCAAUAAACUAAGCAUGAACUGUUCUAAUUAAACAAAAAAUUAUAAUUUUGUUUUUGGUGAUCCAAAACUGUUUCUGAAUCCAGUUUGCUCAUUAUUUUGGGUUCAAUUGAGGAAAAAAAACUAUUCCGCCUCGUCUCGGUAAUAAAAUCAGUAUUGCUUGUUUUGGAAAAACUUACUGUAUUUGGCCAAGUUUUAAUGCAGCUAUUAAAAGUAGAUUUGGUCAACGUGGUCCUAGUUACCAUGACGAUAGACGGACCUCCCAGGAAAGAUUGGGAAACAUUGUUCCUUUGUAUCGAAUUGAACAUUUUUGUAAGUAGAUUUGGAUUUAAAAGUUGUAGUUUUGUCCUAAUUCAAUCCAGAAUUGUGGUCUGCCAUCGGCCCGCGGGCCUCAUUUUGAACACCGGUUCUGUUGUAGCGCCGGCUGCGUUUUCAUCCAGGCCAAAAAUUCUAAUUUCAGUCUCCACUGACCAAACCGCCUGCAUCCGUCUAUUUCCCGCUGCACCGUGGCAAAAGAAGUCCAAGUUUAAAGGAGUGUGAAUACUAUAGCAAAGCGCCGCUUCCCAGUUUUCCCAGCAUUCCCAGCGCUCAUCUGUGAAUCUUAAUCGACCGUCUGAGAGGAGCAACACAAACCCCACGCCGUCCUCUCCUCCUCCUCGCCGCGCUGCCAUGUUGCCCUCACACAAGUCCAAGUGUUUUGACAUACAAAGUUAAAAGUGACGGAUGUUUUCUAAAGUAUAUGAAGCUAUGGAGACGUAGAUCUAACACUGUACCGAGGUCACAGAUCACUAUGUAUGGGGUGUUAUGGUUUCACUCGUAAUACCGUAAAUUUAAGGCAGAUUUAUCGAUGUGUGUUGUCCUUUUUCUUUGAUUACUUGAUUGUGUGUAUGCUGACAUGUCUGCCGUCUGCACCGCAGUAUAUACAGUAUUAAUUUUUUUAUUUUAUUUUUUUGUGAUCAAACUGGAUCUUAUUUUCUGAACAUUAGUGCAUAUAAGCUGACCGGCUGUCAGAGUGUCCGACUCUAAAGCCACAUCUUGUAAAGUCCCCGUUUCUUUUGUUUCUUUGUUUUUUUUUUUUAAGUUUCAUCCCCCCGACUCCAUCUCAUCUCUCAUAAAUGUUUAUGAUGUUCCACUUAUCGGUCCGUGGCGCGGUUCCAUCGAGAGCACACGCAUUGCCAUUUAUCCCAUGGUGGUCUUAGUUGUAGCUUUUGUACACCUUUCACUACAAGUAGUUCAAAGAUGAGUUGUAGCUCGAGAGGAUUUUUUUAAUAUAUAUAUCCGUAUACUCAUAUUUUAAGGUGCAUAACUAACUUCUUAGAUCCUGUUUCUUCUUGACUAAAUUUCUCAGCAGGUGCCUCUUAUCACACAGUGACAGUCCUUUAACCGCCAGCCGUCCAAACGCUGCGUUCACGCGCCGUCAGCUGGGGGCCGUGAAGCGAACCUUACUGGAGCGUUCAGGUCAGCAUCAGCUCCACGACCCCGUUGUGUGCAAGUAAAUGGGAAAAAAAAAGUAAAUAAAUCACGAGUUGGCUGAGUGUUAUUGUUGGGUUGAAAUCGACAUAAGCUGAAGUCAAAAUAAAACAUUUCAGGGAAUUAAGGAAAAAAUAAAAACUAUAUAUAUAUUUUUUGUUCUUCUUCAAACCCCUCAUGGCUUUGCUUCAUAUUUAUCUCUGCAACUCCUGGAUCUACAUUGUAUCCUGUUCAGGUAUUUUUGUACAAAUAAGGGACUGAUAUAUUCUCUGUUUAUUGGAAAGUAGAAUAAAAGAUAUAAUUGCUAUAAACCAAA